AUGUCGCCCCCACCCCCCGGUCUGAACGAUAUCGACGCGCAGAUCGCGGCGCUCGAGGCGAAGCUCGGCGGCGCCGUCGCGAGCGGCUCGUCGGACGAGGAUGCCGACGACGCGGCGACGCGACGACGACGCGAGCGAAAGCGAUCGGAGAAGAAGGCUCGGAAGAGAGAGAAGAAGGAGAAGAAGCGGCGCCGCGAGGAGAAGGAGAGCGACGACGACGACGACGACGACGACGCGGUCGCCGCCGCCGCGGAGAGCGACAGCGAGCUCGAGCGGAUCGCGCCGCUGCCGUCGCACCUCCUCCCGGAGCACAACGCGUACUCGGGGAAAGGGAUCGGAAGAAAGAAAAAGCGCGGCGAGAAGAACGCCGCGAACGCGGGUACGACGACGGCCGCGAUGACGACGACGGCGACGCGCGCGGGCGGCGACGCGGGCGCGUCGGGAGCCGCGCCCGCGGCCGCGCCGACGCCAGCGCUCGCGGCGAUGAUCGCGCGACGCGAGGACAUGCCGAGGUGCGACGUGUGCGACAAGCGCUUCACGUCCGUCGCGCAGCUGGACGAGCACGAGCGAGGAAAAGCGCAUCUCAAGGCAGCCAGGGCCAGGGCGACGGGGGGGACGCCUCGCGACGCCUCGCGACGCCCACCCGGCGCCGGGCGGCCGGCGGCGCCCGGGAAGCCGAUCGCGGGGCUCCCCGGGCCGCCCGCGGGCGCGGUCGAGCACUGCGCGCUGUGCCGGAAGACGUUCACGUCCAAGGCGCAGCUCUUAGAACACGAAGGAGGGAAGUGGCACGCGCUGCGCGUCCGGGGGGAGCUGCCGCCGUCGAGGAGGCCGUACAACGCGUAG